AUGUGCGUGGUCGCACGCUGGGACGGUGUCGGACCGUUGGCACUGCCCGGAUCAGAAGUGUACUGGUUCGUCAACUCAAGUUUUGCUAACGUCAGUUAUCCAGAUGUUCAGAUCACCAUUGCGUACCCAAGCCUCUCGGAUCCAGACACUGAGAAAGUGAUGACAAAUCUAAGAUGGCUGAGAAAAGACGUGUACGACAGAUAUUGUUUGCCGAACAGGGGAAAGCCAGGAUUCUAUGCAAGACUGAUGUUGAAUCGACCAUCAUCUAGAGGAGAGCUUACCCUACAGACAAGCGAUAUGCAUGAUUAUCCACUCCUCAACCCAAAGUAUUUUUCGGAUGAGAGAGACAUUCAAUUUGCUGUUGAAGCGUCAAAGCUAGCGGUGCGACUCCUGACUACCCGCGCUAUGAAGAGUCAUGGUGUAAGGCUCUGGGACAUUCCUUUUCCCGGGUGCGAGAUGUUCGCCAUGUACAGUGAUGAAUAUCUCGCCUGCUUGGCGACGCAGCAAACAUCGUCGGGUCUCCAUUUUGUAGGGACAUGCAAGAUGGGAAGCGACAGAAGUUCCGUAGUGGACCCUAGCCUCAAGCUCAGAGGAGGCGUGCAGAACUUGCGUGUGGUGGACGCCUCCGUGAUGCCAAACGUGGUUUCUGGAAAUACUAUGGCCGCAGUGUACAUGAUCGCAGCGAAGGGAGCCCAUAUGAUACUCGAAGACAACGGCUACUGUACCACCGCGCAAAAUAAUUAGGACCACGUCAGUGCGUCUCAAUAGAAUGAGAGUGCAUCAAUGCUGGAUUGUCGGCCUCUACACGUUCUACGACGUUUAUGCAAAGUUCCAUGAGGCUGCUCAAUUGAUUUUCUUGGUCGAUAAAUGUUGGUGCAAUAUUGGCAUUCAGACAGUUCCACUGUCCCAGUGUACGCAAACAAUAUCAACAAAGGACACCUGCCUUUAAACAACUAACUAUAUUAUCAUGUAUGCUAACAAUAAUAUUUGCAAAAUGUACUAACAAAAUAUAGUGAAGAUAAUUACCAAGAAUAUAGUUGUUUGCCAUUUGUUACAUGUAAACCUACUUCCAGUUAUGUUCAUUGUCGUUUGUUGUUUUUUAUUUAAAUUGCAGCCCUGCGAGACUAAGAAAAAUAAAGUGUGCUUUCUUCAAAAACGA